AUGGGCACCCUGAGAGCCGUGCCCCUCCAGUCAGUGUCUAGCCUCUCUCUGCCACCUUCCUCUCCCUGCAGGCCUUGCUUUGUGGUCUCCCAUGGGACUGCUGGGACCUUGCUGGGUGAGAUGGCACUGUGUGCAAAAAAGCGCCCCCCAGAAGAAGAAAGGAGGGCCCGGGCCAACGACCGAGAAUACAAUGAGAAGUUCCAGUAUGCGAGUAACUGCAUCAAGACCUCCAAGUACAAUAUUCUCACCUUCCUGCCUGUCAACCUCUUUGAGCAGUUCCAGGAAGUUGCCAAUACCUACUUCCUGUUCCUUCUUAUUCUGCAGUUGAUCCCACAGAUCUCGUCCCUGUCCUGGUUCACCACCAUUGUGCCUUUGGUUCUUGUCCUCACCAUCACAGCUGUGAAAGACGCCACUGAUGACUAUUUCCGCCACAAGAGUGAUAACCAGGUGAAUAACCGACAGUCUCAGGUGCUGAUCAAUGGAAUCCUCCAGCAGGAGCAGUGGAUGAACGUCUGUGUUGGUGACAUCAUCAAGCUCGAAAAUAACCAGUUUGUGGCGGCGGACCUCCUCCUCCUCUCCAGCAGCGAGCCUCACGGGCUGUGUUACAUAGAGACAGCAGAACUCGAUGGGGAGACCAACAUGAAGGUGCGCCAGGCGAUCCCCAUCACCUGGGAGCUGGGAGACGUCAGUAAGCUGGCCAAGUUCGACGGCGAGGUGAUCUGCGAGCCCCCCAACAACAAGCUGGACAAGUUCAGCGGCACGCUCUACUGGAAGGAGAGCAAGUUCCCCCUGAGCAACCAGAACAUGCUGCUGCGGGGCUGCGUGCUGCGCAACACCGAGUGGUGCUUCGGGCUGGUCAUCUUCGCAGGUCCCGAUACGAAGCUGAUGCAGAACAGCGGCAGGACAAAGUUCAAGAGAACGAGUAUCGAUCGCCUGAUGAAUACCCUGGUGCUCUGGAUUUUCGGAUUCCUGGUCUGCAUGGGGGUGAUCCUGGCCAUCGGCAAUGCCAUCUGGGAGCACGAGGUCGGGAUGCUCUUCCAGGUCUACCUGCCCUGGGACGAGGCGGUGGACAGUGCCUUCUUCUCUGGCUUCCUCUCCUUCUGGUCCUACAUCAUCAUCCUCAACACCGUCGUGCCCAUCUCGCUCUACGUCAGCGUGGAGGUCAUCCGCCUGGGCCACAGCUACUUCAUCAACUGGGACAAGAAGAUGUUCUGCGCCAAGAAGCGGACGCCGGCCGAGGCCCGCACCACCACGCUGAACGAGGAGCUGGGCCAGGUGGAGUACAUCUUCUCCGACAAGACGGGCACCCUCACCCAGAACAUCAUGGUCUUCAACAAGUGCUCCGUGCACGGCCGCAGCUACGGUGACGUGUUCGAUGUCCUGGGACACAAGGCCGAGGUGGGAGAGAGGCCUGAGCCCGUCGACUUCUCCUUCAACCCUCUGGCCGACCAGAAGUUCUUAUUUUGGGACCCCACCCUCUUGGAAGCUGUUAAGAUGGGGAACCCCCACGUGCACGAGUUCUUCCGCCUCCUCUCGCUGUGCCACACGGUCAUGUCGGAAGAAAAGAGCGAAGGGGAACUGUUCUACAAGGCCCAGUCCCCGGACGAGGGGGCGCUGGUCACCGCUGCCCGCAACUUUGGUUUCGUGUUCCGCUCCCGCACCCCCAAGACCAUCACUGUCCACGAGCUGGGCACAGCCGUCACCUACCAGCUGCUGGCCAUCCUGGACUUCAACAACAUCCGGAAGCGGAUGUCGGUCAUCGUGCGGAACCCGGAGGGCAAGAUCCGCCUCUACUGCAAAGGGGCGGACACCAUCCUGCUGGACCGGCUCCACCCCUCCGCCCCCGAGCUGCUCGCCAGCACCACGGAUCACCUGAAUGAGUACGCCGGGGAGGGGCUGAGGACCCUGGUGCUGGCCUACAAGGACCUGGACGAAGAGCACUACGAGGAGUGGGCUGACAGGCGGCUGCAGGCCAGCCUGGCCCAGGACAGCCGGGAGGACCGGCUGGCCAGCGUGUACGAGGAGAUCGAGAGCGACAUGAUGCUGCUGGGCGCGACGGCCAUCGAGGACAAGCUGCAGCAAGGGGUUCCGGAGACCAUCGCCCUCCUGACGCUGGCCAACAUCAAGAUCUGGGUGCUCACGGGAGACAAGCAAGAGACGGCUGUGAACAUCGGCUACUCCUGCAAGAUGCUGACGGAUGACAUGUCCGAGGUGUUCGUGGUCACCGGCCACACCGUCCUGGAGGUGCGGGAGGAGCUCAGGAAGGCGCGGGAGAAGAUGGUGGACCCAUCCCGCACCGUGGGCAACGGCUUCACCUGCCAUGAGGGCCCCUCUUCUCCCAAGCUCACGUCCGUGCUGGAGGCGGCGGUCGCUGGGGAGUACGCCCUGGUCAUCAACGGGCACAGCCUGGCCCAUGCCUUGGAGGCCGACAUGGAGCUGGAGUUUUUGGAGACGGCCUGCGCCUGCAAAGCGGUCAUCUGCUGCCGGGUGACCCCCCUGCAGAAGGCGCAGGUGGUGGAGCUGGUGAAGAAGUACAAGAAGGCCGUGACCCUGGCCAUCGGGGACGGGGCAAACGACGUCAGCAUGAUCAAAACGGCUCACAUCGGGGUGGGCAUCAGCGGGCAAGAAGGCAUCCAGGCGGUCCUCGCCUCCGACUACUCCUUCUCCCAGUUCAAGUUCCUGCAGCGCCUCCUGCUGGUGCACGGGCGCUGGUCCUACCUGCGCAUGUGCAAGUUCCUCUGCUACUUCUUCUACAAGAACUUUGCUUUCACCAUGGUCCAUUUCUGGUUUGGCUUCUUCUGCGGCUUCUCAGCCCAGACCGUCUACGACCAGUAUUUCAUUACCCUUUACAACAUCGUGUAUACCUCCCUUCCAGUCCUGGCCAUGGGGGUCUUCGAUCAGGACGUGCCCGAGCAGCGGAGCAUGGAAUACCCUAAGCUGUACGAGCCGGGCCAGCUGAACCUGCUCUUCAACAAGCGGGAGUUCUUCAUCUGCAUCGCGCAGGGCAUCUACACCUCGGUCCUCCUGUUCUUCGUCCCCUACGGCGUGUUCGCAGAGGCCACCCGGGACGACGGCACCCAGCUGGCCGACUACCAGUCCUUCGCCGUCACCGUGGCCACGUCGCUGGUCAUCGUGGUCAGCGUGCAGAUCGGGCUGGAUACAGGCUACUGGACGGCCAUCAACCACUUCUUCAUCUGGGGCAGCGUGGCUGUGUACUUUGCCAUUCUCUUCGCCAUGCACAGCAACGGGCUCUUCGACAUGUUUCCCAACCAGUUCCGGUUUGUGGGGAACGCACAGAACACCCUGGCCCAGCCCGCCGUGUGGCUGACCAUCGCGCUCACCACGGUCGUCUGCAUCCUGCCUGUGGUCGCGUUCCGGUUCCUCAAGCUCAGCCUGCGGCCCGACCUCUCCGACACGGUCCGCUACACGCAGCUGGUGCGGAGGAAGCAGAAGGCCCAGCACCGCUGCAUGCGGCGGGUGGGCCGCGCGGGGUCCCGGCGCUCCGGCUACGCCUUCUCCCACCAGGAGGGCUUCGGGGAGCUCAUCAUGUCCGGCAAGAACAUGCGGCUCAGCUCGCUGGCGCUCUCCAGCUUCGCCGCGCGCUCCAGCUCCGGCUGGAUCGAGAGCCUGCGCAGGAAGAAGAGCGACGGCGCCGGGAGCCCGGGCGGGGGCGCCGACAAGCCCCUCAAGGGGUGA